UGCGCUGCCGCCGCCGCCGCCGUCCUGCCUGUCUCGCGAAAGCCCAUCGGUUCGGGCCUUAGCCGUCGCUCGCUGCUCUCUGACUCUUCGACUGACGGGCGGGCGGUCUUCCCGCUUAAUGACGCCGUCUGUCGCGGGCGGGACAAUUUGCAGACGACGGUGAGCUUAUAACUACGACACCGCGAAGACUCGCACGGCAGGCAUGGCUGCUUCCACCACGGUGCUGGAACAGUGGGCUCUGCCGCAGCUGCAACCGCUGCUCCCGCUAGAUGACGAGAGUCUGAGGCAGGUCGUGCAGUAUGCUGCUUCGCUCCCCAAGCCCGAGGCGGCGGAGCAUUUGAAGGGCAUUCUGGGCGACGGGGCUAGGGCGCUGGAAUUCAUUUCCAGCUUUAACAUGCGGAGGGGGAAUGCGGCUACUUCUGCGAAUGCGCCGGCAGUGACGGCGAGUUCUAGUGCUGGGGGAGCAUCGGGUGUGCCCCCGGCGAGAGGGACGGGAGGUGCGAAGAAACGGAAGAAGAAUAUUCAUGAGUUGCCGGCGAGGCGCGUGGAGGGGUCUGGCGAUGUGAGCGGCGCGUAUAUCAAGAGUCGCGAGGAUGAGGAGUAUAUCCCGCGGGCGUCGUCUCGGCCAGAGCAGCAGCAGAAUGCAAGGCCGACACACAAGGAUACCAUGGCGCAGAAUCUGGCCCUGCGGGGAGGAGGCAAGGCGACACCGGAUGCCACGCAGCUACCUCUCGUCACCGACUCCGCCGCCUUAACCACCCAACCCAUCACAGCGAAGCCGCCUCCUUCAGCAGCAGGCGCCCUGGUAUCGGAUGCCUUGGCUCCGCGCAGCAAAACCUCCUCCCGCAACGCCUCACCUUCGCCAGCAAAAGCCAAAGUGAACAUCACAGGCGGCACAGCCAUGCACGGCGCCUCCUCCGCCCUCUCCGACCUGGACUCCGCCAUCCGCAGCCUCGAAAUCCAAACCAACCCCUCCCUCGCCUCCUCCGACCCUGCAACUGCCGCAGCCGACAAAGCGAAAAGAAAGUGCAACUGCAUGGCAACCCGCCACCCCUUGCUCGACGUCGCGCCCAACUGCCUCAACUGCGGCAAAGUCAUCUGCGUCAAAGAAGGCCUAGGGCCCUGCACCUUCUGCUCCACCCCGCUGCUAAGCGCCGACGAAAUCGCCAAAGUCCUGCGCGUCCUCAAAGACGAGCGCGGCGAAGAGCGGCAAAAAGCCAACAACGCCGCGCACAGAAAAGCAGACGUCGCCGCAGGCGGGAAAGCGCGCGCCUUCACCGGCCGCGAAUUCCUCGCCGCCCAGCAACAGCAACAACACUCCUCCGCAACCGCAAGCCCCCUCUCCUCCCACCCCGCCACCCCGACCCCCACCUCCUCAGACGACGAAGGCACCGCCAAAGCAAAAGCCCACCGCGACAAGCUGCUCGCUUUUCAAGCGCAGAAUGCGCGCCGCACGCAGAUCCACGACGAGGCGGCGGAUUUCGACGUCCCGGCGGGGGGAACGAGUAUGUGGGCUUCGCCUGCCGAGCGCGCGAAGCAGUUGAAGAGGCAGCAGCGCGUGCUGAGGGAGAUGGAGUGGAAUGCGCGGCCGGAGUGGGAGAAGCGGCGCGUGGUGGCUUCUAUUGAUUUGAGUGGGAAGAGGGUUGUGAGGCGGAUGGCGGAGGGUACAGAUGGAUGAGGACGACAAUGAGCAGUGGAUCCUCGAUGGAGGCUUGUAUGGCGGUGAGACGGGCGAUAGAGUCCUGGGCGCCGAGGAGCCUGCUUGUGGAUGAUAUGACAUCAACAAGGUAGAUACCCUGACGAUAAAUCAAGAUCUGACUAUGCCAUUGACGCCAUCCCUCUUGCUUCGGUCCGCGAACGGGAUAUCUACACCCA